AUGGGCUCAUUGUGCUCCAGGGCCAGUGCACAUUCCGGGGGACAUCAGGUGUUGGGAAGCACUGCCGCCCAGUCAAAUGGGCAAAAUUAUGGCACUACAUCCGCUCCUGAUCCUCGCGCCGCAGCUGCAGAGGCUGCUGAAAGAAGGUUGAAAACGGCACAAGCACGAGGCACAAAUACCUCGAAUCCAAAUCGGGGACGACUUGCUGGGCAAGUCGAGACUGCGAAAGCGGCGAAACCAGAACCUACGCCAAGGGAGGAAGAACGCUUAGUGGUAUGUCAAGUUCUAUCACCAAUUCUUUACCGUUCCUCACUGUCACUUACAUUUAGUGGGAUUGAAUAA